GUGCCUAGACCAGAUUUUCUGGGACGGAGACACAGAGAGAUGGCGCAGUGGAUUCGGGUCUUGCUUCUGGUGGCUUCUCUGUUUCCGAUUUUAGUCGAUUGCCGGACUCGUCACUACAAGUUCAAUGUGGUUUUGAGAAAGGCCACAAGGUUAUGUUCAAGUAAACCUAUAGUCACUGUGAAUGGGAACUUCCCUGGGCCUACCAUUUAUGCUAGGGAGGAUGAUACAGUGCUGAUCAAGGUUGUGAACCAUGUCAAGUAUAAUGUCAGCAUUCACUGGCAUGGGAUCAGGCAGCUUAGGACAGGUUGGGCGGAUGGGCCGGCAUAUAUAACACAGUGUCCGAUUCAGCCGGGGCAAAGCUAUAUAUACAAUUUCACCAUUACAGGCCAAAGGGGAACACUUCUAUGGCAUGCACACAUCCUCUGGCUCAGGGCUACCGUCCAUGGCGCCCUCGUCAUCUUGCCCAAGCUUGGUGUUCCUUAUCCAUUUCCCACUCCCCAUAAGGAAGCUGUUGUUAUUUUGGGUGAAUGGUGGAAAUCAGAUGUGGAAGCAGUGAUCAAUGAAGCUAUGAAGUCUGGCCUGGCCCCAAAUGUGUCUGAUGCUCACACCAUUAAUGGCCAUCCUGGGCCAUUCUCAAGCUGCUCCUUACAGGGUGGGUUUACACUGCCAGUAGAGCCAGGCAAGACAUACAUGCUGAGAAUCAUCAACGCUGCGCUGAAUGAAGAGCUCUUCUUUAAGAUUGCAGGCCAUCAUCUGACUGUGGUUGAGGUCGACGCCACUUACACUAAACCCUUUUCAACUGACACCAUCCUCAUCGCUCCGGGGCAGACCACCAAUGUACUCCUAACAGCAGGACUCGGUGUUGGAAAUUACUUGGUUACAGCGUCUUCUUUCAUGGAUUCCCCCAUUGCAGUCGACAACAUGACUGCAACAGCCACCGUUCAAUACUCCGGCCCCCUUUCCAGUACUCCGACUACUAUCACCAACCCACCUCCCCAAAACGCCACCUCAGUAGCCACAAAGUUCACAGAUUCCCUCAGAAGCCUGAACUCGAAAAAGUACCCAGCCAGAGUUCCAUUGGCCAUCGAUCACUCCCUUCUGUUCACUGUUGGACUUGGGAUUAACCCCUGUGCUACUUGCGUUAAUGGCAGCAAAGUGGUGGCUAAUAUCAACAAUGUCACUUUUGUAAUGCCCACUACUGCUCUUCUUCAAGCCCAUUACUUCAAAAUGAAGGGAGUUUUCACUGAUGAUUUCCCUGGAAACCCCCCAAUUGCAUUCAACUAUACAGGCACACAGCCUACAAACUUCCAGACCAUGAAUGGGACAAGGCUUUAUAGACUGGCAUACAACUCUACCGUUCAGUUAGUCCUACAAGACACCGGUAUGAUAGCGCCCGAAAGACAUCCAGUCCAUCUCCAUGGCUUCAAUUUCUUCGUCAUUGGAAGUGGUUUAGGGAACUAUAACCCAAAGAAGGACCCAAAAAAAUUCAACCUGGUUGACCCUGUUGAGAGGAACACAGUUGGAGUCCCCUCUGGUGGAUGGACUGCCAUCAGAUUCAGAGCAGAUAACCCAGGGGUCUGGUUCAUGCACUGCCAUUUGGAAGUCCACACAACAUGGGGUCUGAAAAUGGCCUUUGUGGUUGACAAUGGAAAAGGCCCCAAUGAAUCAGUUCUACCACCUCCAAGUGACCUUCCCAAAUGCUAAUACAAAGACUUCAAAACAAGAAGCUUAACAUCAGAGGAAAAAAGAGAAUAGAAAGAAAGAAAGAAAGACAAAUCUAGAUAAUAAAGAGAGUUUAUUUUUGAGCAAGCCAAGCUCUGCUCAGGGUUGGAUAAAACAGACCAAGCUUCUUUUUAGUUUAUACAGUGUUGCUCUUUUCAUGGGCUGGUAUCAUGUACGUUUGGGGACAUGUAAUUAUGCAUAUAAUGCCCAUUAAAAUUCCAAUGUAUUGAACUUAAAUUGUGGUUAUUUCGCAGUGUAUGAGCACAAGUUUUAGCUGAAAUUUUUGCCUUGGUGUAAAUUGGGUGUAGGAAAAAUAAUGGGCCAUUCUCUUUUGAA